UUUCAUUGAAGUUUUUAUCCUCGGGCAGGUUGUUGGUGCACUUGCCGGUGUUUUGUUGCAUUUGUUCGGCCCUAGUAGUGCAGUCAAGGUCCAAGUCUACUCCGAAUACUGUUAGUCGUACUACGUGCAUUAACCCCGCAGUGCUCGCUUGGUGUAAAACCCUUUCGGCUAUCAAUUUUCGUGAUAUUUUGUGAUACAGUGAAUAGAAGUCCUUUUGCAGCCAUGGCAGAUGAAUGGCCGCCGAAUCAAACUUUCCGGCAAAGUGUCAUCCAGAAAAUCAACGAAGUACUGCAAAACACAUCGGCGGAUCCUUCGAAAAAUGGCACCGUCAUGGAGGGUCAUGUCUUCAAGAAAUCUCACUCGCGCGAGGAAUAUCUUAAUUUGAUUGGGAAAUUGUUCAUGCAUCUCAGAGAAAACUUUAAUCGAACCAACAAAGCUCAACCACAAAGCCAAGAGAUGGGCGGAGGUAACAUGAUGCAAGAUCCUAUUAACGCUCUUCAGAACCUGGCGAGUCAAGGAACCAGAAACACCCAAAUGAUGGCAAAUCCAAAUAGUCAAAUAUCACCUGGAACGGUAAUGGGCUCCGGCAACGUACCAGCUUCCAAUUUGUUACAAACGCUCACUCAGCGUCCUGGACAACAAAUGCAAAACAUGCAGGGUAUUCGCGGGCAAAUGAAUGUCGGACCAAUGGGAGGGAAUAUGCUACAAACUGGAAUCGGUCCAAACGCAAUGGGCAAUCAUAUGGCCAACACAAUGGCCAAUAUGAAUCCUUCAAUGAAUAUGCCCGUGAAUCAAAUGGCAAAUCAACCGAACUUAAUGGCCAAUAACAUGCCCGGUCAAAUGAAUCAAUUGCCAAUAAGCCAAAUGCAAAUGAAUCCUGCGAUGCAAGGUCAACCCAUCACUACCAUGAACAGUGUCUCCUCGUUACCCAUAAACCAAAUCAACCAGAACCAAAUGAAUAUUGGUGUUAAUCACUCACAGUUGAAUCAAAUGAUGAACCGAAUGAACCCGAAUCAGGCAGUUAGUAACGUACCAAGUCAGACAACGCAAGGCGGCAUGCCUAAUCAAAUGGCUGUGGGUGGAAUUGGUAACCAGACCCAGUUACCGAAUCCGACAGUCAACCCAGGCGUUCAGGUCUCCAUGGGCCAGAAUGCAGGACAAAUGAAUCCUGCAGUAAACACGAGCGGAACGAUGUUUCCAAACAAUCGCAAUGUUGGACAAAAUCAAUUUCUGCGUCAAAGUCCGAGUCCAACCGUGCAAUCGCCUGCAAGUUUAGGUCAGCAGCAUCAAACGCCACAGAUGAUAUCAAGUCCAGCAUUAGUGCCAACAUCAAGUCCGCAGAUGUCAAACAUUAUGGCAAGCAAUCAGCGAACAGCACUCCGACAAUCUCCAAACGCUCCACUGAAUACUCCAGGACAGGUGACGGGAUCGAGUCCAUUCAACGCCCAAGAAGAUCAAAUGUACAGAGAGAAAUACAAGCAGCUCACAAAAUACAUUGAGCCGUUAAAACGCAUGGUCGCGAAAAUCGGAAAUGAUGACACCGAAAAAAUCAUGAAAAUGAACAAAUUACUGGAGAUAUUAUGUAAUCCUCAUCAGCGCAUUCCUCUUGAAACGCUGCUUAAGUGUGAGAAAGCUUUAGAAAUGAUGGACUUCAAAUCUUGUCUCCUAUCGAGUAAUCAGUUUGCAAGCGGCAACCCAUUGAUCGAAGCCUUAAGUGCUACACUACAAAAUCCUAACAGAAAUCACACUUUGCAGCGUACUUUCCGGCCUUCACUAGAAGCCUUGUUUGGGACUGAUAUAAAAUGCGCACCGCCACCGGUUAAAAGGCAAAAAGUGGUGCAAGAAGACAACACGUCCCUUGAAAUACCGCACGUACUUCAGGGCGAGAUCGCCCGGUUGGACCAGAAAUUCAAAGUUUCUUUGGACUCCGCUUCACAAAACAAUAACAAGACAAUAAAGUUAAUAUGCUGCUUGGAUGACAGACGUUUGCCGUGCGUACCUCCAAUAAGCGUGACUAUACCAGAAGAGUAUCCCAUGAUGUCGCCGAGUUGUUCACUUUCGGAACAAGAAUAUUUGGCCACGCCUUUCCUCACUGCUGUCCAGACUGUGUUCGUAGCGCGUGUGUGUAAGUUACCGAAAUGUCACUCCCUAUCCCACGUACUCGACACCUGGGAAAUGGCUGUUCGUCAAGCGUGUUCGCCGAAUUCUGUUGCCCCAACUAGUAUUACGACUUUUUUGGGUAUCUAGACGGAAACCAUAAGUUAAUGGCUGUACUGUACGAAUAUUGACGAAGUGAAUAUGUACCACUAGCGAGAAAUUUAUAACUUUGUUUUAAAAAUAUAUUUUUAAGGAUAAAUUUUUACCGAUUUUUUGUAGGUAUUAUAUAAUAAAGACAUAUCAUUACUUUCA